AUGAAAUACUGUGUCAAACCUUCAAAGGAUAAGACUACCACAGUGAAUGUGGAUGAUGAAAAACUGCAGGGUGGAUUCAUGUUGUGCUUCCUGGAUGAUGGAUGUGGGAUGAGCCCUGAGGAAGCCUCAGAUAUCAUUUACUUUGGAACAUCCAAGAAACGGUUGUCGCCCUUGAAGUUUAUUGGACAAUAUGGCAAUGGUCUUAAAAGUGGAUCCAUGAGGAUUGGAAAAGACUUUAUUCUCUUUACGAAGAAGGAAGAAACAAUGACCUGUGUUUUUUUUUCCCAGACAUUCUGUGAAGGAGAAGGUCUGAGUGAGGUUGUGGUUCCAAUGCCCUCAUGGUUAACAAGAACCAGAAAACCUGUCACAGAUGAUCCUCAGAAAUUCUCAACAGAAUUGUUUAUAAUUUAUAAGUACUCUCCAUUUAAAACUGAAGUUGAAUUAAUGCGGCAAUUUGAUGUCAUCUAUGGCAAAUGUGGUACUUUCCUGGUUAUUUAUAACCUGAAGCUCUUGCUUAAUGGAGAGCCAGAGUUGGAUAUUAAAACUGACAAGGAAGAUAUACUGAUCGCUGGAGCUCUUGAGGGUUUCCCAGAGAGACGGUCAUUCAGAGCCUACACUUCUGUUCUAUAUUUUGACCCUUGGAUGAGAAUAUUUAUUCAGGCCAGAAGAGUUAAAACAAAACACCUAUGUCAUUCCCUCUACAGACCCAGAAAGUAUCUGUAUGUCACAACUUCUUUUAAAGGAGCAUUUAAAAAUGAAGUUAAAAAGGCAGAAGAAGCAGUGAAGAUUGCUGAACUCACCUUGAAAGAUGCACAAAUCAAGGUAAACCAGCCUGACAGAACUUCCUUGUCUUUUUCUACCCAGGAUGUAAUACAGAAAGCUUUGGAAGAUGUGGAAGCAAAGCAUAAGAUUCUUCAAGAGAAACGGAGAGAAUUAAAGAAAGCAAGGACACUUUCCCUGUUCUUUGGAGUGAACAUAGAAAACCGAAACCAAGCUGGGAUGUUCAUUUACAGUAAUAACCGCCUGAUCAAGAUGCAUGAGAAAGUGGGUCCGCAGUUGAAAAUGAAAUCCUUACUUGGUGCAGGUGUGGUUGGAAUUGUUAACGUACCCUUGGAGAUCAUGGAACCAUCACACAAUAAGCAGGAAUUUCUUAAUGUCCAAGAAUAUAAUCAUCUUCUAAAAGUCAUGGGAAAGUUCUUGGUCCAGUACUGUAAGGACACUGGGAUCAGUAAUAGAAAUCUAACAUUGUUUUGCAAUGAAUUUGGACACCAGAAUAACAAGGACACAGAGAGGUCUUUAGAUUCUAUUCAGUAUCAAAGAAGACAAGUCAUGGCCAUCCCAUUCAUGAUGCAGUGUGAUCUUUGCCUGAAAUGGAGAGUCUUGCCACUCUCUACUAAUUAUCAGGAAAAAGAAUUUGUGGACAUCUGGAUUUGUGCUUAUAAUCCUAACCGCUUGGAAAACAGUUGCCAUCAGAAAGAAUGCCUGCCUCCCAUUCCCCUGGGCACCAUGAGCGCGGCAUCGCCAUCAAAAAAUGAGAAAGACAAGCAACUUCAAGAGUCAGUCCAAAGGUAUCAGAAUCGCCUGGCAGAACAGCAGCCACAACCUCAGUUUAUACCAAUAAGCAGGAUUGCUGAGUUCACUCCCAUCUGCCAAACUUCAGCAUCAAAGGAAAACACAAAAACUCAGAAAAUCAGGCCUUCAGGUAACGACUUGAAGUAUGAGUCUUUUGCAUCCUUGGAGCUUUCUGUCAGCCACAGAGGCUGGAAGAGAAACACCGAAGGGGCAGACUCGGAUGUGGAGUACGUUUCAGAGACGAAAAUGGUGAAGUGUACACGGAAGAAAGUGAAGCCACGGCAGAGACAUCCAGCAGCCCUGCCAGAAAACGUCAGACUAUCUGAGAGAUCCCAGGUGAAAAGUCAGAUUGUUAAUGUCAACACAUCAGGGUAAGUAUGGAGAGCUCAACCAACUGCCUCUUCUUGGGAAAUGAAACGGAAGCAGAAUCAGAAUCUGGUGCAGGAAUGUAAGGCUUUGAUUGAAGCCAAAACCAGCACCAGCAAUCCAGAUAUAAUCCUGAUUUUAGAUCAGUGUGACAAGAAUGUUUUAUUGAAACAAGAAAAAAAAGAAGAUUCUCUUAUGAAAAAAGAAAAACAGGAGCUGUGCAGCGAUACUACAGAAAUAAAGAAAAAUUCUUCAUUACCUAACUGGAAAAGUGUACCAUUGGAAGAUUUAAAUCCAAGUUCUGGACGCAAAGCCAGAGUUUCUAUAAGUGGCUGUGAAGAUGCUUCUUUGCUGGCAAAGUCUUAUCAAAAUACAUCUGUCAAGGAAACAGUAAGAAAACUGACAUCUAACUUAUGGGAGAUUAUUCUGUAUUUCUUUCCAGAGUAUCAGCCACCAUCAGAAUUUGGCUACUCAUCUGUGGAGGAAUUUGUAGCAAGUUUGGAGCUGGAGCAAUGCCCAGAGCAGACAAACAGAAAGCUGAAAAUGUGUUUCAAACAGAUCCAGAAUGUUUACAUGGCCCAAUAUGAAGAGAAACUGAAGAGAAAAAUGCAGUCUAUUAUCUAUGAUGCUAAUAGGAGAGGAGUGAUUAAUGAAGUAACUCUGGUGCAAUGUGAGCAGAAAAGAAAAGUUACUGAAGAUAAACUGAACAAGCUUCGUGUGAAACUGUCAGCAGUGCUGCAGAAAUUUCAGCUGGGAGGACCAGGAGGAGACCUGGAACAGAUUGACCGUUAUUUAGAAGCUUUGCUGAAAGAAGAUAAUCUCCUUUUGGGGAACACUUCAAAUAGAGGAACUGCACAUACAGAACAUAGUCUCCCUUUAGAGAAGAAAUGAAAGUUCUUCUCAUAACUAGCAGUCAGCAAAGACAUUCCCUUUUCUGAAAUGCUAAUAAGAAAAAGGAAGAUUCUUUAAAAAAUAUUUCCCCUUGUACUUGUUAUUGUGAAGUUCAUCCUGUUUAAUACUAAGAAAAUUGUACACUUUGGGAAUGCAGAGUGAUUUACAAUUUGUGUAUUUCCCAGUCCUAUUCCUUAACUCUUCCUGUUCUUUCAGAAACUUUUUCUUGUUCUGUAAUUUCCAUGUGAGCAGCUAAGAAAGAUGGAAAUGCCAUUUAGUGUUAAAUUUUAGUUUUACUUAAAAGACUGGAAAACGGUGCUUUUCAAAAUCAGAAUACAUGGGACUACAGAGUUACCUGCUCCUGAAGCGUGUGUUGAAAAAGACAGUUCUGUCCUUUCUCCACUGCAGCCAAUACUCAUAAAGCAGAAAAUAACAAAUCCUUAAAAAACUUUGAACUAUAGUAUGUGUGGUAAUUUCCUUACUCAGUUGUAGUAAAAGAGCAAGUCUAAGUAAGAUGUGAACACAUUACACAUAUGUUAAGAAUUGUGUUGUUAGGUAUUCUUGGAU